AUGGCAAAAACCUCAAAAACCGUACCGCAGAAGGAGAAAGCUUCCUCUUCCCGGCCGUCCGGCGACAAGGCGCCGGCGGAGCCGCUUCCCCACGAGUAUGUUCCUGGCCCGUAUAUUCUAAAGACCUAUUUUAAGGUUGAAAAUCCUUCGUCGGUUUCGGGCCGAUCUGUCCCUUGGAUGCCACAAGCGGUACCUGAUCUCGAGGAUUGGAUUCGAAAGUUAGCCUCGACUUCCUCUUAUACCGAACGCGCUUGGCAUGAUUUGGCAAAAGGAACCAAGUCCCCGGUUCAGAAAUCGGGGAAAGAUAAAAAGCAAAAAACUGUCUCUCAAUCAGAGGACCCCAAGCCCAAAACUCGAAGGGUGAGGAAGAAGGACCUUAGCAAGUUUCGAGCCAAUCUCAGCCAGUGUGAGGUCGAGCUUCAAAAGGUCUCGGGGGAGAGAGAUGCUCUGAAACUUCUUUGCGGCCAAAAGAAUGGGGUUAUAAAGGAUCUCCAAGCAGAUUUGGCCAAGGCUCGUGAAGAAGAGGCCGAGUUAGAUAAACAUGUUGAAAAGAUCGGGUUGCUUCGGGGAGAAGUUGAUCAAAUCAAGGCCAAAUGUGAUCGGUGGAAGGAGACUAUAGACCACCUGGCCGCAGAAAAAGAAACUAUCUUGGCCAAACUAUUAUCGAACGAUGUUCAGCUUCGAGGCAUCAAGCAAAAAAGUUUGGCUCAGACCAGGAGGAUCGAGGAGCUUGAAACAGGGCUUGCUGAGGUCAAGGCGGAGGUUCAGUCAUCGAAAGUCAUGGCGGACAAGUCUAUUGCUGUGUAUCGGGCCGAUGCCGAGGCUGCUCAAAUGCAGCUAAGGGAGGCUUCUGACCGAGAGCAACGGGUUACUGACUUGGCAAAGUGCCAAUCCCGGAGGGAAACCUUUGAGGAAAUCCACACUCGAGGUUUUGAAAUUUUCGAGGAGAUUUCCCGAGCUAAGGCGCUCGAAGUUGAAGCCAGGCAGCUUGUUUCCUUCGACGAAGACGAUGAUGAGGAAGGCAGUCGGGGAGGGUCCGAUGAGGAGCCUCAAGGAGAAGCAGCUCCCGAAGGAGAUAUUGACACCGGCCGUAGUUAG